UCGUGUUUUCCAAGAUGGCGGACGACUCGACGAUCAUUUCCCCUCCAGAUGGAAGCAGCCAUGAAGCAUUGGCCGAAGGACUUCUACAUUUAUUUCAACCAGCAAUAGAAGAACUAGACAGUAAAGUUCAUACUGUGAGGCAAAGUCAAGUGGAACUAAGAACACAGAUUGAUACUCUUACCGAAGAUCUUCACAGACUCCAGGAGUUACAAGAAAUGCCUUUAGACCUUGAACCUUAUGUAAAAAAGCUGAUGAAUUCAAGAAGAAGAAUAAUGCUGGUUAAUAACAUUUUACAGAAUGCUCAGGAACGACUUGGCAGACUACAUCAAAGUGUAACAAAAGAGACAGCGAAGAGAAAAUCUUUAUUGGAUUCAGCUGGUUCAAGAACCUAGGAGCUUUCAACAUUGCACUAUAAAAAUAGUGCAAUGUGCAAUACUGCAAUCAUAAAACCUUAAGGAGUUAGUUAAUGUUAUGAUAAAAUUGAAAUAAGGGAAACAAAAACAAAACAAAACAAAACAAAAAUUAAAAAAUUAAAAAAUGGAAGAAAAGUGUAAAUCACAGGAAAUAAAUAAAUAAAAAUGCUACAAUGGGGACACUCCAACCGUAAA